GCGCGCAUGCGCUUUUCGCUCCCGAUCCAAGUUUGGAGCUUUUCAGCUGGCAGCCCUGGCCCAUCAUGUAGGUGCAGAGCCCGGGAUCUCGGUUGCAACUGCAAGUGGGGAAAAUAAAAAAAAGAGAGGGCAGUGUUCACUGUGCAUUGGCCAAGGGCGAGCUUUCUGCAAUCCCGGAAAAGCUCUGCAAGGAGUCUUGCACCACCAGCCCUACAUGAAGAUUGGGAGCCUACAGUUUGCAUCUUUGUUGUAAAACUAGCUUCAGGAGAGAGGAGAGGCAAAGUCUUUUGUGCACCCCUCCCCCACCAAAGCAAAGGGGAGAAUGUCUCAGCCAAAAGGAGGGAAGAAGAAAAACCCACCUUUGCCCAGACUUAAAGUUUUUGAAGAUACCAAGACCAGCCCACCAACGCCACCACGUGACUUGGACUCAAAAGCAUGCAUUCUAAUUGGAGAAAAGAACUUUGAGGUAAAAGCAGAUGACCUCCUGCCAAUUGAAGAACUUGGCCGAGGGGCCUAUGGAGUGGUGGAAAAAAUGCGACAUGUACCAAGUGAACAGAUAAUGGCAGUAAAACGUAUUAGAGCAACUGUGAACAGCCAGGAGCAGAAGAGGCUGCUGAUGGACUUAGAUAUCUCUAUGCGCACAGUAGAUUGUCACUUUACUGUAACAUUUUAUGGAGCACUAUUUAGAGAGGGCGAUGUUUGGAUUUGCAUGGAGCUUAUGGAUACAUCGUUGGACAAAUUCUACAAGCACGUGAUAGACAAAGGAUUAACAAUCCCAGAAGACAUACUUGGCAAAAUAGCAGUUUCUAUUGUUAGAGCGUUAGAACAUCUACAUAGUAAACUCUCGGUCAUCCAUAGAGACGUGAAACCCUCCAAUGUUCUCAUCAACAAGCAGGGCCAGGUGAAGAUGUGCGAUUUUGGAAUCAGCGGAUAUUUAGUUGACUCUGUAGCCAAAACAAUGGAUGCCGGUUGCAAACCAUACAUGGCUCCUGAGAGAAUAAACCCGGAACUGAAUCAAAAAGGAUACAGUGUGAAAUCUGACAUUUGGAGCCUUGGAAUUACUAUGAUUGAGCUUGCCAUUCUGCGCUUUCCAUACGACUCAUGGGGUACCCCUUUCCAGCAACUGAAACAAGUAGUGGAAGAGCCCUCUCCACAGUUGCCCGCGGAUAAGUUUUCUGCUGAUUUUGUUGAUUUUACCUCAAAGUGCUUGAAGAAGAAUUCCAAAGAGCGCCCAACCUACCCAGAGCUCAUGGAACACCCGUUCUUUAUGCUGCAUGAAUCAAAGAACACUGAUGUGGCGUCCUUCGUUAAAAUGAUUCUAGGAGAUUAAAUGACGUGUGACACCCACCCAACCCCCUCUCAUCUUUCGCACGGACUUCUCCUACAGGCACAGAGCGGCUUUAAAAUGGCUGCUGUACUUAAGAUCCCAUAGAAAUGCGCAAUGGGACUGGGAAAACUGGACUCCAUAUUUGUUUCUGCUGGCCUUGUCAAUGCAAAUUAUAACCUCUGUGCUGCCACAGGAUACUCUGGCAGUACAGGAGUUGUAUAUAUGCAUCUUACCGUAAUGGGAUUAUUUCCACCCAUUUGCUGCCGUAUGCAUUUAUAGUCAUUUAGGUUUCUUAUUCUUUUAGACGUUUUGGUUCUAGGUGCUACUAUAGGUAUGUUUUUUUUUUUUUUUUUCUGUGUAAAAUUGUUUUUCUUUCUCUUCUUUUUUUUUUUUCUUAUCCCUGUUUAUUGGGUUUAUCCUUUUUGAAAAAUAUUUAUGUUCUGUAUUCUGAUUAAGUCUGUUUGAGAGGAAGAGUGUGUGAUCUGGGAGAAGUACGGUGGCAAAUAUUUAUAGGGUUUUGCUGGUGAAAGGGGUGAAUAAUUUUUGUUUUUUAUUGUUUUUGUCUAAAAUAUUUAAUUUUGUUUUUUUCUCUCCCAAUAUAUAUUAUUAUUAUUAUUUUUUUAAAUGAUGAUUCUGGAGUGACUGUGUGAGAAAUAUCAACUUCUUUCCCCCCCCCUUUUUGAAAGUAGACACUUUUAUUUUAAAGCAAAGUAGCCUAGUUAGAAUGAAAUGGUGAUGUUUUUCCUCUGGCCAAACAGAAGCAAUACGAGUUACUGCCCACAGUCAUACUCUGGGCAGGAAAGCUAAACAUACUAAAGCUAACAAAUGCUAUGGACAGUGCUGUCUGGGGACGUCACAAACCAAUAAAGGUAUGCUUGGGACAUAAGAGUGCCGCAUCUCUGCGUAGAUACUACUUCAGAGGAAGGCUGCGCUGUGGAGUGUGGCACGUUACCAGGCUUUUUUGUAUUGUCAUGGAAUGAACUCUACAGGCCAGCCAUUUUUCCCUGGAAACAUUGAACACCCUGCUGUACAUUUUUACUCCUCAGGUUGUUUAUGAAAGGUCUGUGUAAUGUGGACGUGGCCCCUGUAUCUGAAAAGACGGGCUGGUGAUGCAUUGCUUGGAGAUUAAGGCCAUAUAUAAAACAGAAGAUGACCUUACUGCUUUUAAUUGGUGUUUGAAUCAUCAUUUUGGUUUUUAACAGCCAUUUUUAAUAAUUGAAGUUUGUUUGGCUAAGGUUUCUGACUUUUUUGUUUUUAAUGUGUAUUAAGCAAUGAUUUUUUCCCUUCCCCACUACCAAUGGCAUUUGACCAGCUCUACACUUAUUGUGUGAGCUUUUUAACUCUGACAAUUUUAGACAUUUAUGUUUUCUUUUUGCCUAAAUCUCUCCAUCCCUUUUUUUUUUUGUUUGCUAAUUGGAAACCGUUUGCAACCAGAGGGCCAUGCAAUGCAUUGCACGUGGUAACCUCGGUCAUGGCAUAAGUGACAAAUAGCAAUGUUUUAUAUUACCAAAAAGCAAGUUUAUAUAGGUCAUGUUCAUUCAUGAAAUGCUGUAUGGCUUUUAUUGAGAUAUCGGUGAAUACCACAGGGUUGUACCAAGUCAGGAAUGAGCAAAAAAAAAAAAAUACACACCAGGAAAUAAUGCCAUUUAUUUCCAACCCAAUGAAAUGUCUUGCAUAUCAAUUAUAUUUUUUAAUGUCAAA